AUGUCUUCUACACAAAAGAACAAGAAUGAAGACAUAGACGAGGCGAUAGCUAUACUCGAAGAAGAAACACAACGACGGAUUGAAGAUAUUCAGCAGAGAAUAGAGUUCAUGUGUGCCUCGCUGCGCGCUCAAGGAAACACCGAAAUUAACAAGAUGCUCAUGUCUGUUCGAGAAUUGACUGUAGAACAGUUUUGCGAGACAUACGAUGCUAGCACACACAUAUUUUUGGAGCAGCAAACACAGCAGCGACGCACAAAUAGUAGUAGCAGUGAAUUGAAGAGGGCUAAUUCGACACAACUGGAUACGACAGGUGAUACCUUGAAAAAGAGACGCAGAAGCAACUCAUUUAGCAUUGCAGAGAAUAACAUCUCUUUGGAUACAAAAGAUGGCCAUGUGGAACCAAAGGAUAAUGCUGAGAUACCACACAACGAUCAUAUCACACCAAAAGAAAAUGCAGAGCCAUUACGGCAGGCCAUCAAAGAUUCAGAACCUAUCAGUCAGGUGCCGCCACAGAAUGAGGAGCCUAUCAUUAUCAGUCUCAAACGAACUGCACAUCCCAACAUUGAUAUUGAACUGAACACCCGAGGCACACAAGAAGAGUUUUCUGUGGAAUCAGCCUUGGACAAAUUGAAUCAAUUGAAUGAGCUACAAAAGAAGUUUAUCAAGGAACAAAUCAUGGAUUUACAGGAGAAAUUAGACGUCUUUCAGAAAAGUAUUGUAUAA